AUGGCGGAACCAUCAAUGAAAUACGUCCGGGUGGGCAAGUCCGGCCUCAAGGUCUCCCAGAUCAUCCUCGGCUGCAUGAGCUUCGGCAACAAGAACUGGCAACCAUGGCUCCUCGACCAGGCCGAAGCCCUCCCCAUCCUCAAGUACGCCUUCGACCGGGGCAUCAAUACCUGGGACGUCGCCGACACCUACUCAAACGGCCGCUCCGAGGAGAUCGUCGGCGCCGCCAUCCGGGAGUACAACAUCCCGCGCUCGAAGCUCGUCGUCAUGUCCAAGUGCUUCCAGUUUGUCGACGACGCGCGGGGCCCCAUCGACCCGGCCAAUCUGACCAGCAACGACGGCCCGCGCGUCAACCAGGUCGGGCUGUCACGGAAGCAUAUUCUUGAUGCUGUGGACCGCAGCGUCGAGAGGCUGGGGACGUAUAUCGACGUGCUGCAGAUCCAUCGCAUGGAUCGGGACGUGCCGCCGGAGGAGAUCAUGAAGGCGCUGAAUGAUGUCGUGGAGAGCGGGAAAGUGCGGUACAUUGGUGCUAGUUCGAUGGCAGCCUGGGAGUUCCAGAUGCUCCAGAACGUCGCGAAGCAGAACGGCUGGCACCAGUUCAUCUCGAUGCAGGGCCUGUACAACCUCCUCUAUCGCGAGGAGGAGCGCGAGAUGAACCCGUUCUGCAACGCCGCCAGCGUCGGCCUCUUCCCGUGGUCGCCCCUCGCCGCCGGCGUCCUCGCGCACCCGUGGACCGACCGCUCCGACCCCCGGGAGCAGAAGGACCCGUUCCUCCAGAUGCUCUUCCGCGGCGUCGAGAACGGCGCCGACAAGGCGAUUGUCGGGCGGGUGGAGGAGCUCGCGGCCAAGAAGGGGGUCGCGAUGGCUCAGGUCGCGCAGGCGUGGCUGAUUUCGAAGGGGUGCAUGCCGAUUUGCGGGCUGGAGACGCGGGAGAGGAUUGACCAGGCGCUUGGGGCGUUGGAGGUGAAGUUGAGCGAGGAGGAGGUGAAGUAUCUUGAGGAGAUGUAUGUUCCGAAAUUGCCCAUGCCGUUUUAG